UAAAGUUAUACAAUAUUAUUGUUUUGUAUACGUACGUAGUGCAGUUGCAGCUUUUAAAGGAGCGGGUAUAACAGUCGGUUGUGAUUUAUUUUGCAUUCAAUUAUAUUUAAAUUAUGAGUGAGUGUCCAAUUAUUUGGGUUUUAGGUGGACCUGGCUCCGGUAAAGGUACACAAUGUGACAGAAUUGUAGCUAAAUAUAAUUUUGAGCAUUUAAGUACCGGUGAUUUAUUAAGAGCUGAGGUAGCAUCACAAUCAGAAAUAGGAUCUCAACUUUCUGCUAUUAUGAAAGAAGGUAAACUUGUACCAAAUGAAAUAGUUUUAUCAUUAUUACAUAAUGCAAUGAAAAAAUCAGCUGGAAAAGCUAAAGGAUAUUUAAUUGAUGGAUAUCCACGUGAAAAAGAUCAAGGAGCUGCAUUUGAAAAAGCUAUUGCUCCAGUUAAUUUGAUUUUAUAUUUUGAUUGUUCUAAUGAAACACUUGUUAAAAGAAUUAUGGCUAGAGCUGCAGCUGCCGCAGAAAAAAGAGCUGAUGAUAAUGAAGAAACUGUUAAAACUAGAAUUGAAACUUUCAGAUCAAAUACUAAUUUAGUACUUGAAGGUUAUCCAAAAGUAUUGUCAACAAUCAAUGCUGAAAGAGAGGUUGAUGCAAUUUUUAAAGACUGUUGCGAUGCCAUAGACAAAGUUUUAAAAUAAAAUUCUGUCAAAACAUAAUUUCUGUGUACCUGUCUGUUAUAAUGUUAUAAAAAAACAAAAAAACAAAAUAUUAAAAAAAAAAAUUUUUUUUUUGUGUUUUUUCAUCAAAUUACGUUUUAAGUCAGUUUUUCUCUUUAUAUGUAUAUAAAAAAUUUUCGAAUAUUUAUAAAACAAACAAUUUCAUCAUAAUUUCAAUAUUAAAUAAAAAUCACAUGGAAAAUUUCAAA